UCAAUGAGCCUGGAAACAAUAUUUGUAUGCCUGGUUAGCUGACUUUGUGGUAUAGUACAUGUUUACAAUCAAGAAUAAUACAUAUUUGUUCCCUUGUCCAAAGGUCUCGUCAUGGGUCAGAGGUCAGAAUGUCCACUCGUCAAACUCCCUCAGCAGUCAAUAAUUACCUGGCUGUCAUUGGUGGAUUGCGACGAUGACCUCCCGGUGAAGCGGCUUUAAAUGCGUAGCAGCGCUCCUGCAACAAUCUUUCCACUAACAAGCAACAUCAUGUCCACCUUGAAGGAGAUCUGCCGCACUUUGCCUCUGGACCCGUUGCCCCCUCGCCGUGGACGAGACCCCGAUGUGCCCCAUGCGCCCGUUCGGACGCCAAACCUCACGGCCGAAGAGGAGCGGCUGGCACUGAGAAAUGCCCUGCGCUACUUCCCGCCGGCCCAUCAUGCAACACUGGCACCAGAAUUUGCUCAAGAGCUGCGGCAGUACGGGCACAUCUACAUGUACCGCUUCUGCCCCGCGCUACGAAUGAGGGCAUACCCUCUACAUGAGUACCCGUGUCGCACACGCCAAGCCGCCUCCAUCAUGCUGAUGAUCAUGAACAACCUGGACCCAGCUGUAGCCCAGUUCCCCCAGGAGCUGGUCACCUACGGAGGAAAUGGACAAGUGUUCAGUAACUGGGCCCAGUUCCGCCUUGUGAUGCAUUAUCUGAGUGAGAUGACGGAGGAGCAGACGUUGGUCAUGUACAGUGGUCACCCCAUGGGUCUCUUCCCCAGCCUGCCUUCCUCACCUCGCGCCAUCAUCACCAACGGCAUGGUCAUUCCAAACUACUCAUCCAGGGAGCAAUAUGAACGGAUGUUUGCUCUCGGCGUAUCGAUGUACGGGCAAAUGACCGCCGGCAGCUACUGCUACAUUGGACCUCAAGGCAUUGUUCAUGGCACUAUGCUGACCUUGCUGAAUGCUGGUCGAAGGUACCUAGGCUCCGGUGACCUGAGGGGGCGUGUCUUUGUGACAUCUGGCCUGGGAGGUAUGAGCGGCGCCCAGGCUAAAGCUGCUGUCAUUGCGGGGUGCAUUGGCGUGAUUGCUGAGGUGGAUGAGACUCCUCUCAGAAAGAGACACGAGCAAGGCUGGUUGAUGGAGGUGAGCGACGAUAUGGAUCACUGCAUUAAACGCAUCAGGGAAUGUAGAAGCGCAAAGACUCCCCUCAGUUUGGGUUACCAUGGCAACAUUGUGGACUUGUGGGAGAGGCUGCUUCAAGAGCACCAGAGGACCGGUGAUCUGCUGGUGGAUUUGGGCUCAGACCAGACCUCCCUUCACAACCCCUUCAAUGGAGGCUACUACCCAGUCCAGCUCAGCUUCCGUCAGGCCAACCAGCUCAUGUCCACGGAUCCCAGUCGAUUCCGCAGCAUGGUGGAAGAAAGCCUGCGAAGACACGUGAACGCCAUCAACAAACUGUCGGAAGCCGGCAUGUUCUUUUGGGAUUAUGGAAACGCAUUUCUACUGGAAGCCCAAAGAGCUGGAGCUGAGGUAGAAAAGGUUGGUGGAGGAGCCACAGAAUUCCGGUACCCGUCCUACGUUCAACACAUCAUGGGGGACAUUUUCUCUUUGGGCUUCGGUCCGUUUCGCUGGGUGUGCACAUCCGGCGACCCCCGGGAUCUGGUGGUAACCGACAACCUCGCCGCCUCGGUCCUGGAGGACAUCAGCGCCAACGUGACGGAUCGAAUCAGGCAGCAGUAUGACGACAACAUCCUCUGGAUCAGGGAGGCUGCAAAGCACAAAAUGGUUGUGGGAUCACAGGCCAGAAUUCUCUACUCGGACCAGAAAGGAAGAGUCGCCAUUGCUUUGGCCAUCAACCGAGCUGUUGCUGAUGGAAGAGUUUCAGGCCCUGUGGUCAUCAGCAGAGACCACCACGAUGUUAGUGGUACCGACAGCCCCUUCAGAGAGACUUCCAAUGUCUAUGAUGGCUCUGCCUUCUGUGCAGACAUGGCAGUUCAGAACUUUGUCGGCGACGCGUUCAGGGGCGCCACCUGGGUCGCCCUGCACAACGGCGGAGGCGUUGGCUGGGGCGAGGUAAUGAACGGAGGAUUCGGCCUGCUAUUGGACGGCUCCGAGGAGGCGGCAAAGCGCGCCUCGCUCAUGCUCAACUGGGACGUCUCCAACGGGGUGGCUCGUCGCUGCUGGUGCGGAAACGACAACGCCUACCGGACCAUCCAGCGCACCAUGGAGGAGGACCGGACGCUGCGGGUCACCAUGCCUUUUCCUGUACAGGACGAGCGCGUGCUGGAGCGUGCCCUGCAGGGAUAGCCGACAUGUUAGCGUACUCUAAAAGGGAACAAGUAAGCACUGGGUGAGGCCGUUCAGUACACAUGUUAUUAAAAUCUCACAUCAUACUGAGAUUUGUCUUAAUAUUUGUUCCCUCUCAUGCAGCUAAAUAACCUGUCAAUAUUAAAUCCACCUCUCAGUAUGAUUAUAUGCUAUUGUACACCACAAUAAUACAUUUGACGCCAUCUGUCGGUUGUGGUCAAAAUGUGCUGGAAGAUGCCAUACUGUACGUGUAAAAAUAACCUUUUGCACCUGUUUCAGUCCCCUAAAAGUGUGUAUUGUACCAAAUUUGGACAAUUUAAAGUCAGUUUGAAUUAUCGGGUUUAGUAUUUGCAUAAAAAUUAUAUUUUUCAGAAGAAUAAUACAUUAGUGGUGCACGUUUUGACACUUUUUCACCUUUUUAUGUGCAGCGGUUGAGGUGUAGAAGAUUUCCAACUGCUUCCCUAUUGGUGUCAAUCAGAUUUAUAUGAACCAAUUUGUAUUAAAGUAUGCAAACUACUGUGCUUAUGUUUCCAUCGAAAGGCCAAUGACAAAUUAAAACAUAUGCUUGUACUGUA